AUGAAGACGCAUUUCAAUCUGAAGAAGCAAAUGAAACCGAUACUGACGGCUGGAAUGCCAAAAAGGCAAGGCGACAUGUUGUAUACACAGUAUAACAAUCUUAUAAUUGAGACUGAUGUCAAGACAUUCAGAAUCGCUAGGGAAAUACCGUUUGGGUCGAUUAAGUGUUUUGACGUUCGAGAUGACUACAUGAUUGUAUGCUCCACAGAAAUAGUUGUAUACAAUCUUGUGCGUGGAAUGGCUGAGGAAGUUGUUUCUCUUUCAAGGUCCGAGGCAUGUGCAGUGUUUAUUGAUGAGCUGGUAGUUUCUGGUGAAAAGCCAAGUGUCUUGUCGGCUGUGGUUGGCGGGGUUGACGGCUCUGUCUCCAAGAUAGAUCUGGUUAACAGGACGCCUGUGUGGUCGUAUAAGAUGGAGAAUAUGAUAGUGAGGCUGGCCGGACUUGGGGGCAUGGUGUGCUCAGCUGAUUCCAACGAGUUGUGGAUUUACAAAGGAGGGGAUGAACUUCUGAAAUAUCAGGAGCCGGAUGUUGUUGGAAUAGCAUACAACGGACGGGAUGUUUGCACAGUUUCAAGAGAAGGGAUUUUGGCUAUUUUGGAGAAGUCCAAGCGGAUAUCGCUGGGCAUGGGAUGUGAUUUUAUGACUGGGGAUGAUGAACACCUAUACGUGUGCAGAGGUCGCAUGAUCUACGUAUAUGAUUACGAUGGUAAGGUCCAGUAUAGAAAAGAUAUUUUGGGAGAAGAAAGGCAAGGUAUGGAGAGUGUGGUGAGACUGAGGAAGGAAGACGACAGCUUUGAGGAUGAGAGUGAAGAAAAUGGAUCGCCAAAUGGAAAGGAGUGGAGCGGGACCCGUGGGUCAAGUAGUAAUGACUGUUACGAGGAUGAAAGCGGGACCGAUGAUGGACUUAAGAGAAGGAGGCAGACAGUUGACAUGAGGAACAAUAGCCCGAAGGAAACUGUCGAAGCAGACGAUGGAAUGGCCAUUGAGGGCAUGUCAAAGGACAUUAUAUUAACUAACGAACAGGAGAUAUUUCUUGUUGAUGAAGGAACGAUUGUUUCUGCUAUUAUUGGAAACAAUGAUGAAGUGACGGACAUGAAACGAUGGAACGAUGUAUUGUUUGUUGCCACCAACAGUGGAAGGUUAAGAUAUACAUUUAUUGAUACCUGUCCGGGGAGCUAUGCAUUCCGGGGACAUAUUGUCCCUGCUCACGACGAGGCGAUUAUGUCCCUAUCGAUCAGCGGAGACUUUCUAAUGACGGGCUCACGAGACAAAAAAGCCAUUCUUUGGAAGAUUUCCUUGAGGGAUGCAGAGAAUGGGCAAGAGAAGAGCCUAUCCCUGAAAAUGAUCAACACACUGGAGAACAGCCUUGGGGGGAUCAAUGGAUGUGUUCUCGGGGCCUCCAUUUUUGUAUUGGUUGGAAGUGACCAGAUUCUCCAGAUAUGGGACUACAGAGACAAUGUGUUCAUGGAGAGAAUCCACGACAAGGAGAUUAACGGGGUCGAAAUAAAUGAAGAGAGGAAGCUUAUUGCAACAUGUUCUCAGGACAAGAAUGCAAAGAUUCUGGACUUUGAGGGAAGAGUUCUCCAUGUUCUUUCUGGACAUACAAAGGGUGUGUGGUGUGUAAGCUUUGGAAAGAAUCUUAUGGCAACAUGCUCUGCAGAUACCACAGUGAAGAUUUGGAAGAUAGAGACUUUUGAGUGCACUGGAACCCUUUCUGGGCAUAGAAGUGCUGUGUUGAAGGCGCAGUUUUACCGAAACGACGAAAAGUUGGUUUCCGGAUGUGCAACAGGGGAAAUGAAGGUUUGGAAUGUCAAGAAGAAGAUAUGUGAGAUGAAUCUUGAUGUUCAUAGAGAUCGGGUGUGGGCUUUUAUCAACACGCCACUGCUCAUAACAUCCGGAAACGGGUCGAUAGCCUUUUUUGAAGACGACUCUCUUGAGGUAGCAAACAGUAUGAUAGAGAAGAAGAAUGAGAAAGAGAUGCAGGCUAUCGAGGUGGAGAGAUGCCUAAGAAACAAUCUGAAUGUCAAGGCUGCAGAGAUACUCUCCAGGACCGAUGACUACAAGGUGCUGUUUAAAACGCUGGUAAGGUGCUAUAAAGAGAGGUCAGAUGAGGUUUUCAGUAUCUUUGAGGAUAAGCCGAAAAUGCUCUUUGAUGUUAUUUUGAAGCAAGGGACAUUCAAGAACUGUGUUGUUAUACAGUGGCUUCUGGAAGAGGCUCUUAAGAGGAGAUGGAGGAUGAGCGACGAGGUUGCAGGGAAAAUACAUAAGAUUCUAGAGAAGCACUCCCGCUCCAUAGAUGGGAUUUACUCAACCCUACUCGGAUUUACGAUCUUUGAGAGGAGAAUCUGA